UGAACUAGCAAUUCUACAUUUUGAAGGGAAAACGCCUCCAGUGAAGGCGAAAAAAACUUUGAAAGUCAGCAGACUUGGGGGGCUUCUAAUCGUCUUUCACGUUCUUUAUCGACUGACGAAGUCACCAGGCCAUUCAUCAUUUUCUUCUUUUUUUUCAGUCAAAGCAUGCGUUCCAGCAAGACCCAGAUUGCUUCAAGAUAUCAAGUUUGAGUAAACAUGAAAACACAAUAGGAUAGACGCGUAGGCGGGCAUUUUCUAAAGAACCCUGGUACACCGAAUUUUUGAGUUUGGUCGUGGUUUAUUUUCUUAGACCAAAUUUCGUUUCGAUUGUCGGUUACGAGCACAAACGUGUUACCUGUGUGUCACUUUGAAUAAACACUUCCAAAGACUAUUUGUACAUUUCUGGGGCAUAACAUUCGUGCGAAACUUGUAAUCUUGAUGGAAACAUUUCUUCCUUUGACUCACUCAUCAAAGGGUUAAUCAACUUCCCGUAGUUCAGUAGGCUUAGCUCAGUAAGCAUGCAGUUACACAUUAACGACCCCAUUAUCAAACUGGCCUACUGUACUUUGUUAUAUAUCGGGCAGUUAACAAGUUGAUUGAAAAGAAACGCCUGUGUGUUGCCCAGCAACGCAUCAGAGUUCAGCUCCCGAGAUACUGUUUCAUACCUGAGUCAUCAAAAGGUCACCGCUUUUCUACAUUGUGCAUGCAAUAAAGUUCACCACUUGCGUUGAAAGAAUUUUGGCACGUCGUUUAUAUUUAGCUCGCUAGCUAAACAUACGUUCUCGCAUGUCACCUAGCCAUACAUUCACAGCUGAAGGGUAAUUAAUCCAAGGUUUCCGGAAUUCGGAAUCACAUCUGGAUUUUCAAGCAGACAUGAUGGGUCGACACAAGGCCUACAGAAGCAAUCCUAAUAAAAGAAGACGUAUACGCUUCGUGCCCCAAUGGCUGGAGAAACACGCGGUGUCAGAUGGGGAACAACUACCAUCGGCCAAUUCCGUCAAUGACCCAGAGGCUCUCAGAGAACUCAUCCACUACACAGCAGAGGGGAACGUGAUCGCAGUCAGGUUAUUAGCAAGGGCCGGCGUCAACGUGAACAUGACCGACGAAGAUGGGUGGACGGCGCUACACUACGCGGCCGAUGAGGCGCAGCGGGACGUGGCGCGGCUCCUGGUGGAGGAGUGCGGAGCGGACAGCUCCAUCAGAUGCCAGGAGGGGCUCUCGGCAGCCGACGUGGCGCGGAUGGAUGGGAACUUCGACAUGGAGAAAUUGCUGAAUCCGUCUGCUUUGUCUUCAUCAUCAUCACCACCAACCUCACCCCCUGCCAGAUUCACAUCGUCUACCCCAUCCACAUCUUCGCAAGAAUCCGGAUAACACAGAUUUGGACAGGAUUUCCAGCCAAAUUUUAAGUUCGAAUUCUUGCAGUGGAUGUUCAAAAUAGUUCUUAAGUUAAAAAACAAAUGUUCAAUAUAAACGUUUAUCCUGCCCCAAAAUGGCUGUUUGAAAGACCGACACAAAUCUAGCUUCCAACCCUUUAGUAAAUAUGUAUCAAAAAUCCUUUUUUUUUAAUCAAUAAUAAAAAUUAAAGAACAGAAGAAAAGAAAACUGACCGAACAGGGAACUAAAUGAUCCUGAGAAGACACACAGUGAAGUUAAUGCAAAGGAAUGUUUGUAAUGUUGAGAUAUUAAUUUUAGAGAUUACUUCAUAUACCAGAACUUAAUUUCUCCUUUUUCCUCAUUUCAAGCAGAAAAUGUACAAAUACAGUUUAUUCCAAAUAAAACAGCUAUUCUGACAAAAAGAUUGCACUUAGGCUGUGCAUUGUGGGGACAGGUUUUGUCCCUUAUAUUUUGUAAAUGUAUAUAACUUCUUGGUUGCCUCUUUUUAAAUAAUUUUCUAAAUGUAACAUAUAUGAAAAAUACUGCAAAAACAAUGACAAAACAUAAACAAUUCUUGUACCUACUGAUUAACCGUUUUCAGUACAUGUAUUGAAAAGAUGAUAGCUUCGUAUCCGUAUUCUUGUGCAGAAAAACAAAUGGCACUUUAUAAAAUAUUAAAUAAAAAACGCGGCUUGUGUGCAUUGCUUUUCCAUUAAACCUUUCUACUAGAAUAUUCUACUUGACUUUGAACAAUUUCACCAAACUUUUUAGAACUUUAACAAGAAAUUCCUUCAUUGAAACAAAUGUCACUGUUAAUAUUUGUACUGUCACAUUACCUAAUUGAUGUACCACUUACUUACCAAGGCACCUUCCAAAAAGGCCUUUGAACAAUUAACAGGUCUGAGAGAUGCACAGUUUCUUCAUAUUAAUAUGAAAUAAUUUAAAAUCUACAAAUAUUGGUCAGACUGCUUUACACUAUAGGGUUUUUCCAAUACUCAGCUUUGUCCAUCUCAGACUUAAAAGUUGUUAGCCCAAUAAUGAGUCACAUUGUGGCACCAAAGCAUAAAACGAUAUGCAACAGACCAAAAUAUUGAGGUAUUUCUGUUAAAUCGGAACAAGGCAGGCGUAAGUUCAGGAUUCUUUUUAAGUGACAAAGCCCCGACAUGGAGAAGCACGGUAUUGUAAACCACCAAAAUGCAGGAUCUUUAACUCUAGGAGCUUUUUAGACGUAAGACAUCUCUGCGCUAGUAAGCAAGUGAAAUGUUUGUUUCACAAAACAUUAAAAAUGCAAUGCUUUAUCAGUUAACAUAUAGUAGAGGGCUAAACCAAAUACCGAACUACACAUGUGCAUCGACCAAUGCAACAUUCCUUCAAAAGUCAUUCACGUGCACCAUUUUGAAAUUUGUAUUUUUUUGGCAAAAAAAAAAACAAUUGCAGAGUUUAGUGUUGUUUUCAUUAAGAAUCUCAGAAAAUGGUUCAUUAAUAAAUGUUUUACAGGUACGAACAUUGGCAGAAGUGCAGAGAUCUUGAAAAAAACAUGACUUGCUCUAAAAAUGGUAGUUUCAAAGUACAUAA